UGGAUUGGAGGUUGAAAUGGCGCUUACUGCGCAUGUGUAUAGUUCUAGUGAAGGAAGUCAAUAAAAUAACGAAGGUUACAUAUACACGACAUGUAAAGUAUAUUUUUAUUAUUAAAUAGCUCAUCAAUUUUGUUAUUUUACAUGAUUUUGAAUAAAAUUCAAUCGCUGGCAUUAUUUACUGAAGACGUGGAUCAAUUCAAAAUAAUAAAUUUAAAAUAAGCAGUGAUACAGUACUGUCAUUAAUACAAUCGUCGUGGAUAACAAUACAGUUUAUUUUCGACAGCACGCCUUUGAAAUAAUUCUUCAAAGUACUUCGAAUGGAGUAAGAAAUUAAGUAACAUCGACCACCUAUCGCAACACUACUUACGCCAAUGUCAUUUUGACAACUAGUAAGCUGCCUACUGCUUACUUCGUCGAAAACAAGCCGAAAACUGUUUUGUGUUUUAAAAACAAUCAUGGAUCAGCGAAAGGAAUUAAAUAUGUGCUUUUAAAAUUAAUUUUAAAUAUCAUGAAAGAAGUAGAAAACAUAUUUAUUAAUUUUAGUGGGUUUGUGUUUUCCGGUGAAAAUUAGGACUACAAACUGUUGAUAAAAAGAUGAGUUUUAUUGUAUAACAAUUUAUGCCCUGUUUUGUGGUAAAAAUGGCAGAUUUUACACCAUUUUACGUAGACAGAGCAAAAGGAGGUAGGGCUUCUUGUAAAUUAUGUAAAACCAACUGUCCUGGUGGGGAAUUACGUUUGGCCAAAAUCGUUGCAAGUCCUUAUGGAGACAAUCAACAAAUGAAAUCAUGGUACCAUGUUCCUUGCUUCAUGAACAUGCUUUUGAAGCAAAGGCCAACAACAAAACGAAUAGAUUCUAUAGAAGACAUAGGCAAUUGGGACACUUUGAGCAAAGAAGACCAAGAGAAAUUAAUAAAAGAAAUAAACACUAUGGAAAAGCUUUACGCUGACAAAAAUAGUGGAAAGUAUACAGCUAAAGUGUUAAAAAAUGAAUGUAAAGUAAAAACAAACAGUACUGAUACUAAAGUUGUGAAAGAAAAAGAUAAAGAAAAGACGACUCAUAUUCAAACUGAUGACAAUAAAUUCUCAACAUUCUGUACAGUCUGCAAAAAUAUUUCUAAAGUGGAUGCAUAUACUGACAAAACAGCAACUGUAAAUAAUUUCUUCACUAAUGGUACAGACCGACAAUCUUUUAAGGGUGAUCUUGGUCUCUGGUGUAAAUUACUGAUGCCUCAAAUGUCAAAACGAGUGUACAAUCUCAAAAGUAAACAAUUAGUAAAACUAUUUUCUAAAAUAUUUGGUACAGAUCAUGAAGAUAUGCUGACUGAUUUAGAGCAAGGUGAUGUAGCCAAAACCAUAAGAACAUUCUUUUUAAAAUCUAAAUAUGUUCAACCUAGUAAAGAAAGUUCAUUAACAAUUCAAGACAUUGAAGACUUUCUUGAAGAACUUUCAAAGUUGACAAAAGAAGAGGAACAAAUAUAUCACUUUAAAAAGAUUGUAAAACUAUGCACAGAGAAAGAUAUUACGAUGUUAAUACGUCUGAUUAAAGGAGAUCUGAGAAUAAAUGCUGGGCCUAAACAUAUUUUGGAAGGAGUACAUCCUGAUGCUUACAAUGUGUAUCAAACAUCUCGAGAUUUAGACAUAAUUUUGGACAGAGUAUUAAAUAAGGGUACGGGAGUGAAACACAAAGAUGCUACACAUGACAGCGUUUUAGCUAAAAUUGUUCUUAUGACCCCAGUGCGUCCGAUGUUGGCUGAAGCAUGCAAAUCUGUAGAAAUGGCUAUGAAAAAAUGUCCCAACGGUAUGUAUUCUGAAAUCAAAUAUGACGGAGAAAGAGUACAAGUGCAUAAAAAAGGUGAUGACUUUCGAUAUUUCUCACGUGCCUUGAAACCAGUUAUGCCUCAUAAAGUUAGUCAUUUUCGGGAUUAUUUACCAAAGGCGUUCCCUGAAGCUGUGGAUUUGAUAUUAGAUGCGGAAGUAUUGAUGAUUGAUGUGAACACUGGUAAACCUUUGCCAUUUGGUACACUAGGUGUACAUAAGCAAUCAGAAUUCAAAGAUGCGCAAGUAUGCUUGUUUGUAUUUGAUAUAUUAUAUUAUAAUGGAAAAGUACUUCUUGAUGUUCCAAUAAGGAAGAGGAGACAAUUACUUGAGGAGCAUAUGACUGAAGUGAAGAAUCAUGUUAUGCUGUCUGAACAAAAAUUAAUUAGGAAACCAGCAGAUUUAGCAAAGAUGAUUGCAGAGGUACUUCAACUGGGGUUGGAAGGAUUGGUACUCAAAGACCUGGAAUCCCUAUAUGAGCCUGGAAAGCGUCAUUGGCUGAAGGUGAAGAAAGACUAUCUAUUUGAUGGAGCCAUGGCUGAUACAGCCGACCUAGUAGUUCUUGGUGCUUGGUUUGGUACUGGCAAAAAAGGAGGCAUGAUGUCGGUAUUCCUAAUGGGUUGUUACGACUCUCGCCGUAAGAAAUGGCUGACCGUCACCAAAGUCCAUACAGGCCACGACGACAGCACCUUAGACCGCCUCCAGAAAGAAUUAUCACCGUUGAUGGAGAAGAUUUCGCAAGAUUAUAACAAACUGCCACAUUGGUUGGAGUGUAACAAAGGAAUGGUGCCCGAUUUUGUUGCUAAAGACCCAAGAAAGCAGCCUGUUUGGGAGAUAACUGGCACGGAACUGACAAAAGCAAACAUACAUACGGCCGGCGGUAUAUCAGUUCGAUUCCCAAGAGUGACAAGAAUACGAGACGAUAAGUGCUGGGAAACGGCAACCAAUUUUGAAGAACUCCAGAAAUUGUUCAACACUUCUAAGGAAAAAACUGAUGUUUCACUUUUAAACAAGCUUGCAGCUGAUGGAACAGGUGAUACUGAAUCGCCAAAGAUUAAAACGAAAAGCCCGAAAGAAAAAAUUGACAGGAACGUUGAAGCUAAAGGGAAAAAUGAUUUAAACUCGACUAAUUCGUCAGAUGAAAGCAAUUCUAGCAAUAUGAGCGUUGAUGAAACUGAUACAAAAAUAACAAAAAGUCCAAUGGAUUCAAAGCAAGGUAAAAUUGGCAAUAGUAGUAAAAAUUUGUAUAACAAGAAUAAUGUUAAAUCUCCAAUGAAAAUAAAGGAAUCAGAUAAAAUAUCAAAAACUAAUACUAUACAGAGUUUCUUCAAAAAGACAGAGUCACCAAUAAAGAGAAAGCACAAUGACAUAUCGGACAACGAUGAUGAUAAUAAGAUGGAAGACACACAAAAGACGAAAAAAGUUAGAAUUCAGCAUUACCCUGAAAAUCCACUGCCGUCUCCCUUUAAAAAUAUUUGUAUUGGAUUUUACCCUGAUUUUAUAAGUUUUCCUGAAGACGAAAGGAACCAUUUUGAAAGACAUUGGAUUGCGUACGGUGGAACUGUUGAUAAGUCUGUAAGGAACAUGGAUGUAGAUUAUGUGGUACACAAUAGUAACGUGAUAAAGUUGAAGAAAAUGCAAAAGUUGAAGUGUAAAGUGCCGCAGGAAGCGAGGCAUGUCAGUAAGAAUUGGUUGCAGCGUUGUAUUGAAGAGGUUAAAUUAUGUAACCCUAAUUGGUUUCCAGUUUAUGUUGAGCCGUGAUUACACACAUUAGUUUCAAUGAGUUUGUUUCUUUACAUUGGCUUUCAGAUGCAUAAUUAUAAAUGUGUUAGACACGGAUUUUUGUAAAUUCUUAUGGUAGCCUCUGAAAAAAUUGUAAUUAUGGGAUAUUACUAAUAAAAGCAUUGUUCAUGUAAUUCGCUAUGUUGCGAAACUGAACUAAAUGUAUUUUGAAUGGCCUUUGAAAUAUUUGAGCAAUAUGUGUCCUAUGAGUGAGAAAUGUUACCAUAUUAUACUGUAAUUUAAAACGUAAUAAUUUGAAGCUUUGAUACAUGCGACGGAUUCAUUUGUAAAUUUUGUGUUUGUUAAUCAAUAUAGGUAUUGUAAAAAUGAUCUAGAUGUUCUGUUCGAUCGUAAAUUAUUUAUUGUUAAUAGUCAAAGUAAGUCACGGAGAUUCAAAUUUUUGGCAGUAUUAUUACAUAUACCGCUUGUAGGGCUUCUCUCUUAAACACUCAUUCAAUACGACGAAAUCUAUGUUCGUACAAAUGAUCUCUUUUUUUAUAGAAAAGCGCGUCAUUUUUUUAAAGUCUCAGCAAUCGUGAAGAUUUAAAAGUCUUAUAACUCACGAAUGAAAUAUAUAAAUUUUUAUGCGUACAUAAAUAAUUAUACAUAAACUUUGCAUAAAAUUAGGAGCAAUUUUAAUGGAUUUGGAUGGAUUGCGAUUUCUAUGGAUUGGAGUUUAAUUCCAUGGCUAAGACAAUGACACCAUAUAUUAACCUAAUUUUAUGUUAAUAUUUACUUUAUAAAUGUGUUUGAUAUAAUCAUAUUAUUUAUGUAUUGGCUCUGCUCAGAGACUUUUUUUUUUUAAUCUCGAAUGUGUAAGUUAUU